UGGGAAAAUGAGCUUGAAAAUGAACGACAAAAAUACGUGUUGAAACUUGAGGAAGUAGAACAUAAUUUAAGAGAAGAAGCAAAUCUGGAACUAGAUAUUGAACGGCAAAAGCAUGAUGAAUUAAUAAGGAAAUUCCAAAAACGUCAAGAUGAACUAGAAGGGAAG